CUGUGUUAUGUGUUCGUGUAAAAAAACAAUACAUUCAAGAUGUUCGCGAUCAUGGUUUUGACGCUGGUGCUGCUGAGUGAGAGCAGUGCCGAGUUAGGUCACUCCUGGGAAUGCGUCAGCGGCUCCGGGAAGAACGUCUCGAUACAGAGGACCGACAUUCCCGGCAGUUAUAAUGUCACAUAUUGCGCACCCGUCGCCGAUGAGGAAACCAAAUGGGAUCUUGCAGUGGGCACCCUUACUAACGUCUCGCCAAGCAGUUGCAUUUUUAGCAGUAAAACCGAGAAAAGCAAGUCUACAAGACAUUCUUCUGUCUUGUUUCCUAUCCGAAAUGGGAAUUGUUCCCGCAUCUGUGUCACUACUCAAAUGUACCUGUGGUACCGAGGUUGCUACCGCCUGGAGAACAAAUGGCUGGUGGGGGAGCCCUACAAUGCCUAUUACUUUGUUGAUAAUGCCAAUAUUACAGGCCCAGAAUAUUUCUGUAAUGGAUCUUUGUUCUUUCAUAAUUUGGGAACUGACCCUCCGACAUUCCACUUGUACCAGGGGCACAUGCCCGUCGACAGUUACUCCAUAACUAUCAGCAAUUCCACCGACGACGAGCCAGCCAUAAACAUUUCGGACGACUGCGUCCAACUGGGCGGGCAAGCGGGGCUGCGCUGCUCGCUGCGGCUGCCGCGCGGCUGCUACCGCCUGCAGCUGCUGCAGAGCGCGCCCUGGUUCGACAACACCUACUACGCCGAGCACUGCCGACUGAUGCACCACAGCUUCUGUACGUAG